CCGAUAUCUCCCUGGCGCGCUGGACGGCCUUAGGUGCGCGGCGGGGUGGCCAAGUGGCCUCUGCGGGCCGGGGCGGAAGCUGGGGACCCCGCCCGGCCCCUCCCGCGGGCAGAGAGGCCCCGCGCCGACUCCUCCCCCGGCGCCCGGCGCCCGUCCGGGAUUAGUCGCCGCGCGCGGUUCCGCAGGUGGCAGCGAUGGCCCAGUGCUGAGCGCCCCGCAAUGGCCGGCGCCCCCGGCCCGCUCCGCCUCGCGCUCCUGCUGCUCGGGGCGGUGGGCAGGGCCGGCCCCCGCCCCCAGGGUGCCACCGUGUCCCUCUCGGAGACAGUGCAGAAAUGGCGAGAAUACCGGCGCCAGUGCCAGCGCUUCCUGAGUGAGGCACCACCCCCAGCCUCAGGCCUGUUCUGCAACCGGACCUUCGAUGACUACGCCUGCUGGCCGGACGGGCCUCCUGGCUCUUUCGUGAACGUCAGCUGCCCCUGGUACCUCCCCUGGGCCAGCAGCGUGCUGCAGGGCCACGUGUACCGGUUCUGCACAGCCGAGGGCCUGUGGCUGCACAAGGACAACUCCAGCCUGCCCUGGAGGGACCUGUCAGAGUGUGAGGAUUCCAAGCGAGGGGAGAGAAGCCCCCCGGAGGAGCAGCUCCUGUCCCUUUACAUCAUCUACACGGUGGGCUACGCACUCUCCUUCUCAGCCCUGGUCAUCGCCUCAGCCAUCCUACUCGGCUUCAGACACCUGCACUGCACACGGAACUACAUCCACCUGAACCUGUUUGUGUCCUUCAUCCUCCGGGCACUGUCCGUCUUCAUCAAGGACGCGGCCCUCAAGUGGAUGUACAGCACGGCCGCCCCACAGCACCAGUGGGACGGGCUCCUCUCCUACCAGGACUCUCUGGGCUGCCGCCUGGUGUUCCUGCUCAUGCAGUACUGCGUGGCGGCCAACUACUACUGGCUCCUGGUGGAGGGCGUGUACCUGUACACGCUGCUGGCCCUCCCCGUCUUCUCCGAGCAGCGCAUCUUCAGGCUCUAUCUGAGCAUGGGCUGGGGUGUUCCCCUGCUGUUUGUAAUCCCCUGGGGCAUUGUCAAGUACCUCUAUGAGGAUGAGGGCUGCUGGACCAGGAACUCAAACAUGAAUUACUGGCUCAUUAUCCGGCUGCCCAUUCUCUUUGCCAUUGGGGUGAACUUUCUCAUCUUUAUCCGGGUCAUCUGCAUUGUGGUGUCCAAACUGAAGGCCAAUCUCAUGUGCAAGACAGACAUCAAGUGCAGACUUGCCAAGUCCACCCUGACGCUUAUCCCCCUGCUGGGGACCCACGAGGUCAUCUUUGCCUUCGUGAUGGACGAGCACGCCCGGGGGACGCUGCGCUUCAUCAAGCUGUUCACAGAGCUCUCUUUCACUUCCUUCCAGGGGCUGAUGGUGGCUAUCUUGUACUGCUUUGUCAACAGUGAGGUCCAGAUGGAGUUUCGGAAGAGCUGGGAACGCUGGCAGCUUGAGCGCUUGCACAUCCAGAGGGACAGCAGCAUGAAGCCCCUCAAGUGUCCCACCAGCAGCCUGAGCAGUGGGGCGAUGGUGGGCAGCAGUGUGUACACGGCCAGCUGUCAGGCCUCGUGCAGCUAAGACUGGCGCCUGCCCUCCCUGUGGUUCUCGUGGCUUGCUGGUCACCCGUCCCAGGUGGGAGAGCCCCUGCCGGGGAGAGGGGAAAGGAGGGGCACACACACACAGCCAUGCCUGCCUUCCCUUCCCAAACCCAUCAGACAGGCAAAUGGACAGUGCCUCCUGAGACCCACAGACACGUUUUCUCAGAGGAAAAGCAGUCUACUAAUUUGAUCACUGUGGCGGGAGGAGAGGAAAAAACGAUUGCUGCUGAAGUGAGGAGGAUUUCUUCCUGUUAAGCCACAAGGCCCCUGGGGUUCCCCCAGACAGAGCAGCAAAUCAACCCUAGACUCAAGCUCAAGGUCAAUGGCUUAUUAGCGGGGUUGGGGCUUGCAAGAGGAGGUAGUUCUGAAAGAGGCCGAUAAAACUGCAGUCAAGUGCAGAGCUUGGGUAGCGAGGGCUCUGCUUGCCUCCGGCCGGGGUCACCACCUUCAUUUGCUUCCUUAUUAGGGAAGCUUGUACGUGUCUGGGUUGCUUGUCUUCCUCAUUUUGCCCCCUCAUCUCACCACUCAGCUUCUUUUUGAUGGGCUUUGUUUGGGCCACUAUCAUCAACUGUUUCUGGAAGUGGCUGUGGGUGGUGUUGAGAAUAAGUAUUGAGAAAGUGCCUGAAGAUUUCCUUUGCUGGGGCCAGCUUCUUCCCUGGGUGUUUGAGCUCGCUUGGUGCCUGCUUCCACCAAGCCCCCAGAGUUCAGGGACCCAGCACAGGCCUAUGACCGAGGGGCCCAGGCUGGAGUUUGAGCUCUAAAUUAGGUUCUAAAGAUGCUCAAGAAUGCUCUGGGGCUCAUCUAGGGACACUUUAGGAAUGUCCAUGCCAUGGGCGUAGAUUACCAGCCACUGCUCUGAACUUGGAAGGCCAAGAGCUCCUUUGCCUCCACCAGUUCCAGGGAAAUACUUUCUAUACGUGACCAGAUUCUGUGUCUUGAAUGGGAUGCAACAUUGGGGAAGGUGACCAAGAAGAGACUCUUCCAGAGAAUCUACCAGUGCCCAUCACCCCCAUGGAGGCAGGCUCCACUUGACCAUGGUUUCUUCCCUGUGAAAUUCCCCAUCUUGGGAGGUUGCAUAUACUUUAUUCCUUUUUCUUUAUUGCCAUGAAUAGUAUGUAUGUGCAAACGUGCAAUUCUGAUUUCUCCCACCUGAAGGAAACAAGAACUAAAUCAUCGUGGUGGUUGUGAUGUUUGAGGGAGUGGGGUAGUAAUUGAUUUGACCCAUCUGCACUUUGGGCUAAUGUUUGGCCUGCCUCCAGUCAUAUCCCAUAAAUAAUGAAUGGCAGAAACAGUUAGACAGGGAAAACCUAUCAAUCAUAGCAAGAAAGCAGAUAUGUAGCAGCACUGCAGAGACCCAGACAGGAAGAGGACCUUUAUCCUGGGGAGCUGGCAAUUGAGUUCAUGGAUGCAAAGUUCCCAGAGCAGGAGUGAACUCUUGGUGGUCCAGACCUCCUGGGAGGGUGGAGGAAGUGUAUCCAGAUGCAUACCUUUAUGAAUCCAUCCCUCCCCUCUCCAUUUUAAAUUAUGGGGAACCUUUCUCCAAAUCUUGUGAGAGGCAUGUGAUGUGCAAGGAAAAAAAUAAUGGGACAUAAAACACAUCAAGCAGAAAAUUUCUUAUGCUACAGCUUCAGUGAGGUGUUAAUGUUUGUGUUAAUGGGGAAGUUGAACCUCAGGCUAAAGAAAGGAAUUGUGCAGGCUGCCUCCUUUAGUGAGGCAAUGUACAGUAGUUGGGGGUGAAAGCCCUGCUGCCCCAGAACAAGGCAGACUUCCCAAUAGGUGAAACUUGUUUGGCUUUUUCUUGUGUGUGUGUAGGUUGGGGGGAUGGGGGAUAAGCAUUGUUGGGUUGAUGUGAGAGAAGAGCUAUUGUGCAAGAGUUUCAGUUUUAGAUAACAUGGAAGAUUUUGAGAAUCAUUAUUACAUUACACAACACUGAAGAAAGAGAUUGAUAUCAUCUACAUGAAAUAAAUUGUUGAGAGGAGAAAUUGUGGGGAGAAAGAGCUUAGUUAGGCACCUGGGAAGCUUAGAUGAUUUGGUUAAACUUUACAACUGGAACUGGUAAUUCCUGAUUUUGGAAGGCUCAUCACAACCCCCACCUCAGGCACCACCAGAUACUGAACUGAAGAAAUCUUUGCUCCAAGACCCUGUACUGUUAAUAUUCAUUUGAAUGGCAGUGUACUCACUCUAAGCUAUUCCCAUACUCUAAAUAUAGCUCCAGCAGGUCUGGGAACUAUGGAAUGCAGUGUACUCUGAAAUUCCAUUAUUUACAUACAUAAUGUCUGCUGAGAACUCUCCCAGAUGCCUCUGUCCUGUGGGUCUGUUGCUGACCAGCAGGGUAUAUGCGCUGUUUGUUUGAGCUGUGCAGCCAGCAAAGUCUGAUAACUGUUGGUGAGUAGCAGCCGAGUUCAGCACUCUGGCCAGCGCCCCCACCUGCCUACCCCGAAUUCGUUAGGCACUUAAAUCAUGUCAGCUCGCCUUUGCCAUUUCAGUCUUUGGAGCAGCUAAAUCACAGAACUGAAACAAACCACUACAUUGCAAAGUUGCCUUCCUUUUCAACAACUUUCCAGAUUACAGGCAUGAUUUUCAAUUGCCUCAGUGCACCUCACAGUGAAGAUCACACCAAAGGAGUUCCUGGAGAAUCAGUGAAGGGAAGGACCUUGGUGAUCCCUCCUGCCUGGAUCUAGUGGAAUGGAGUAAGACCCGCAGAAAUGACUUGUCCAAGGUCACACUGCUAGAUGGUGGCCAGAAUCCAGGCCAACUCCUGCCUUCCAGUCCAGUGAGGCCUCUGGGAAGCAUGGGCCAACAGUACACAUGGGCCAUUCAAGAUUCUAAGUAAAAAUUGUCAGUGUUGGCUGGAAUUUCCAUGAAAGAGGAAACAUAGUAGUAAAGAUAGAGAUGUCAGAGGGUAGAGGUGUGCUCUCCUCAGUGGUUUAUCCUGGCAAGAGGAGGGGAAGGGUACACAUUACUAUUUCUACUAUAAUGCCUCAUUCUUCCUUGUUUUAAAAUUAAGAAAUGAAAUGUAUCAUAGCACACAUACCGUAUAAACAGCAAGUGAGCCAUUUCAGACAGCAAACCCAGUGCUCUUUUAAUGGACUGGCCUAAUUUUUACUGCUGCACCUGUGUUUGCUUGAGAAGUUAUACUGAUAUCCACACAAAGUAGACAAAAAGAAGGUCUUGAGCCUCCCCUUUGCCUGUCUGGUGCUCCUUAAAGUGGGAGAAGACUGGUAAACUGGGAAACUGUAACCUAGCAAAGACGGCACAGCACACCAUGAAGGGCAAGCAGGGAUCCCUGAAAGUUUCCAUCACCCUAGUCAAUGUCCACUAUUUCAGCUGUUCACGGGGAGCAGACCGCCCCUUCCCAUUCUCCCCUGUCUUUCUUCCACAAGGAAAGAAUGCUGUUUUUUUUUUCUUCUUCUUUAUUGGCCUUGUGCAUGGCAGUCAGAAGUUAGAUGAUGAAUCCAGAAUCAUCACACCCACCAUGAAGGUCACGGGCCUGCAGGACUGGGAGCGCAGAUGGUGGGGAGCCUGAGUGGUAGAUGCUGCUUCUCCAUGCGCAGACAGGGCUCCCAUUAUUGCUAAUGUCUGCAACGUGCUCAGAGAAGGCAAAAUAUAGUCCAGAGGUUUAUUUUUCGUCCACUGAAUUGAUUCUAAUCCACAGUACUGACCCUGCGUUUGGCUCCUGUGAGGCACACUCUAUAAAAAUCCUCAAGUGAAAUAUGUUGGCUUCUCUACUAAGGCAGCUAUGUGAAUAAUAUGGUAAAUAUUCAACAGAAACCAAAAUAGUAUCAACUCUCUUUUUUUUUUUUUUUUUCUUUUUUGUGGCUGGGUGAGUUCUCUGGGAAAACAGUGUCCAAUGUGAGGAAUUCUGCAGCCAUUACCAUGCCCUCACAGUGGUGCCUGCUGCUUCAAACCAGCACUCUGGCUAUUUGCAGAGGGUGAUGUUGGGAAACAUUGUUAAGCAGUAUAAUUUCAAACCCUUUACUUAAUGGCACAGAGUGUCUACAGUUUCUGUAAUUACUUCUGCUCUGUUCAAUGGAUACAGAUUGUCAGAAGGCAGAUAAGUAUAACUGUUUUCCAAUAAUUCCACAGCGUCUCUUGAAUUUUGCCUAUAUCUGAAUCUUUCAGAGGGUAGAGUUUUCUCUCCUCUCCUUUGGCCAUCUUAAUCACUGCUUUUCAGGACCUCAUCCAGCAGUGGCUGCAUUUUCCCCCUAAUCCCUUCCCACCCCGCCCCCCACCAGGAGCUUCCCCACACUCCUCCCCCUGCUGCCUCAGUAAGAGGUGACCCUGCUAGACAUGCUGCAAAUGCGACUCUCUCAGCUGUGACCAAUUUGGGGGUGCAGUGGAGAGUGAGGUUCUGCCAGGACUGAAAAUGAUGCACCACAUUCCACCCUGGUUCAGUGAACAGUGUUGGAGCAAAUGGCUUGGAUCCUAACUUACAACAGGGUUAUGCAACCUUUCUGAUGGGGCCUGUCAAUUUCAGUUAUUAGUCAACCCAGACAAUCUAGCAUGACUAAUUAUCACGGUGUCAGAGCAAUCCAGGAGAAGAAAAACAUGUAUAAAUGAGGAUGUUUGGAUGUGUCCCCUCCAAAGUUUAGAACUUAUAACAAGUUAGGUUCUUUGCUUCUUUGUGGUAGCAGGGGAGGCCAGUGGAGGCAAUCAGGAAGGGGCAAAAUUUGCCCCAGACAGACAUGGCUGGACAUGGAUCUUGCCAAAUGGCUCGCAUUUUGCUUCUGAAUCUGCAGUUCUUCUAAGCUCCCCUACUCUAAAAAUAAUGAUCACAUCAUCAAAGCAGGUAAACCUUAACAUCCCACUGGUUUUAGAGAAGUUGGAAGCAGAUCUUCAAAAGCACCAACAGAGGUAAGCCAAGAUCCCAGGAGGGACAUAGCUAAAUUUCCAUCUUCAGUUCUCUUGGGGGGUGUUUGCUCUUCAUGAAUGUUUAAACAAGAACAUUUUCAUGUGAUUCCUUAAUGUAUAAAUUCAUGUAAAAUAUGACCUGCGUCUAUCGGUAGUGAAUGUGUAUGGUGUAUAAUUCAUUGCACAGAUGUGAAUGGAUGCAGACUCUUUAUUAAUUUUCCUUGUAAGUCAAAUAAAAGCCUGUCACUACUGUG